AUGAUUAUCUUUUCUUGCCUCUUCAUUGCAGCAUUUGCCUCCACAUGGGGCCCGAUGGCAUGGGCUGUGACGGCUGAGAUCUAUCCCUCACGUUACCGCUCGCACCUCAUCGCCUUCUUCACGCCCUUCAUUACGGGCGACAUUCAAUACGCAUACGCAUACGUUUUUGCCGGGUGCAAUCUGUUUGCCGUGUUCUUCGUCUACUUUUGCUUGCCUGAGACAUCAGGUCGGUCUUUGGAAGAGAUCGACACUAUGUUCCUGCUCGAGGUCAAGCCAUGGAAGAGCAGCAAAUGGUCUCCGCCCAAGGGCGAAGAGCCCAUUACCGCGGACAGGUUGCGGCUAAAGAGGGGCGGGAGACAUAUCAGCAAGAAGGCAGAGACAGGGGCUGGCGAGGCUGAACAGAGGGAGGACCUGGGGAAAGCAGAUAAUGCCGAUUUGCCCUAUGUGCCGACUGUGUCCGGCCCAGAGCAUCAACUGGGUGCUGGUGUGCGAGGAGAUUCGUACAUAAGCCACAGGUGA